GAGAGGUCGCAAGUAGUUAUAUUAAAAAUAAUGUAUUUUGUCCAGAAAUAGACGUAGAUUAACCUUGUGCGCGGAUCCGCCGGUACAAACGUGCGAUACGCGUGUGUUCGCGAUAGUGUUUGUCUGCGCCUCGCCUCGCCUUGUUGACUCUCUAGUAAACAUACACCCAUUUGAAUAUUACAUUCGAAUAUUCGCUUAGAAAUAAAAAAAGGAUUUGAUUUUUACGUACAGUGGAAACUGGAUAAGUGGAACCUGGUUGACACGCGAGAUGACUCCAACCAACGGCGAGGCGGCGGAGCCCCCGGAGGUGGUGGUACUAGAUGGAGGUUUCUCAUCGCAGCUGUCGUGUCACGUGGGCCACGUCAUCGACGGCGACCCGCUGUGGAGCGCCCGCUUCCUACACACCAACCCUGAAGAGGUCGUCAACGCGCAUUUAGACUUUUUGAGAGCUGGAGCGGAUCUGAUCAUCACAAACACGUACCAGGCGUCUAUAGCAGGAUUCGUGGAGCAUUUGGGCGUCAAUGAGGAGCAGGCGUAUGCGCUCAUAGAGCGCGCUGUAGAGCUCGCUAAGCGUGCUCGCACACUCUACCUUGAGGAAUUCCAAAACUUCUUGCAAAAUGAUCACGUGCCGCUAGUGGUGGGGUCCGUCGGUCCUUACGGGGCCCAUUUACACGACGGCUCCGAGUACGACGGCAGCUACGCGGAUACAACAUCGGUGGAGACAAUGCGCGAAUGGCACCGACCCCGUAUUCAGGCGCUGGUGGACGCAGGAGUGGACCUGCUUGCCCUGGAGACCAUCCCUUGCCAAGAGGAGGCAGAGAUGCUUUGCGAGCUGCUUCGUGAAUACCCCCACAUGAAAGCUUGGCUGGCAUUCAGUUGCAAGGACAACCAAAGCAUAGCUCACGGCGAGAGUUUCCAAAAAGUGGCAAAGAAGUGUUGGGAAACGAAUCCCGACCAGCUGCUGGCCGUGGGCGUGAACUGCUGCGCGCCGUCCUACGUGCACAAUCUCCUCAAAGGCUUCAACGACGACCGACCACACGCGCCGAUCCCACUUAUCGUUUACCCCAAUUCAGGCGAAAAAUACAACCCCGAAAUCGGCUGGAUCGACCGCGACAAAUGCGAAGCCGUGGAGGUGUUCAUCCAAGACUGGCUGGAGCUCGGCGUGCGGUACGUCGGCGGCUGCUGCCGCACGUACGCCGCCGACGUCACGCGCAUCCGCAACCAGGUCGGCAAGUGGCGGGAGCGGUACCGCUUCCAGAACUUCCAGACGGCCGCCGCCAAAGACGCCUAAACACCGGCAAACACAUGACAAACAUCACCGAACACAAACAUUGGCGGAUUUGCCAGAUUGACGAACAUACCUUUGAUUUGAUUUUUGAUCGGGAUCGGUAUCACUGAAACAACAACCAGUCACACAAAACAAAACAAAGCUACUACUAGGUACCUCAUGCUAGUCAUACGUGAAGUUUACGCUGUCCAGGGUGCGUAGCCGAAUGGCACAAACGCUCACGAAACGAAACGCUAGUCGAUAUCUAUCCCUAUCGCUCUUGCGUAUUGGCGCGACAGAGCCGGACUAUGUUUCGUUUUCGUUUGGCGUCGGAGAAAUGCCAUUCGGCUACGGGGCCAGGGUACCUAGCCAUCGUUACCAUCACUUAUUACGCUUCGUUACCGUAUCGUAGGUAACUCUCUAAUCUCUCUAUCGCUUUUCCGUAUUGGCGCGAUACACUACCGAAGCGUAAGCGAUUGUUACCUUGGCUACUUGUCUAAUAACAUAUUAUAAAACAUUUAAAAAAACAAUAUCAUGCUCAGGCCUCUCCACACGUUCGUGUUCGUUGUUUGUGUUCGCUGUUCGCCAAGCGUAUGGAGGCGCCAUUAUGGUUCUUUAUAGCCCUAGUCGAACAAGACAAAUGACCGAAUUUAUUAAUGUUCCGAGCCUUUGAGUUACCUAAUUAGCUUCCUGGCCUAUUAAACGGCCGUUUUAUAACUUUAAUAAGUGUGUAAAUGUUAAGAAUGCUGCUCGUUAUUACGUUAGGAAUGGAGAUACUUAUUUGAGUCAUAUUUGUGAAACAUAAGUAAUGAAUUUUGAAGCUAAAAUAUGGUGGAAAAUAUAUUCAGACUUAAAAAUGUAGAUAGCAACUUUAAUAGACAGACAGACAUAAAUAAGAAACGCGCCGAGUAAAAUAAUAAAUAGUACGGUUCUACGGUAUUGUAUAUUUUCGUCGGAUUGUGAGCAGUAAAGUGUAUAACAAAUAAAAUAAACGUAUUUCUGAGGAAUACGAAAAUCAAA